AUGAGCAAACAAGAAUACAAAAGUAUAUAUAUUCUUACGCUGCACUUCUUUUUGGAUUUCCCAGUGAGGGGUUAUAAAGAAAUACUGACUCUUCUCCCGCUGCUCCAGGGCUAUCUUCAGCAGCAUAGUAAAGCUGCAGCAGCAGCAGCAGCAGCAGCAGCAGCAGCAGCAGGAGAAGAGGAGGAGGAGGAGGAGGGGGAAGAGGAGCAGCAGCAGCAGCAGGAGGGACAGCAGCAAAAGGAACAGCAGCAAAAGGAGCAGCAGCAGAAGCAGCAGCAACAGCAGCAGCAGCAGCAGGGGAGAUAA